UAGAAGCUUUAAAAAAAAAGGAACAUAUUACUGUUUUCCCAACUGAAGUGGGGUGGGCCUAAAAUAUUUGCUUUUCCCUUGCCUAACACAUCUCCCAUGUCAGAUUUUACAGCACACACUAAGUGUGAGCUGCUCUAUUGAUCGAUAUCAAAAGUAUCUGGAUUACUUAAUAUCUAGACAAGUGAUAAUCAAGAGUUUCACCUUGUGAUCCAUUAAAUUCCCGGGCCACUGGCGGACCGCGGAAGGCACCUCAGGAUGUAAGGGCAAACACAAAAUGGGUCAGCGCUCCUCGAAGGGCAGCGGCGUCGACCCAGCCUCGGGCGCCACCCCGGCCACCACCACUGGGGCGGCGGCGGGGGCGGGGGCGGCAGCAACAGCAGGCGCGGCGGAGCGCGGCGCCGCCGAGCCCGGCCGAAAGUCAAACUGGGAGGUAAUCGAGCACUACAGCAAGUCGGGUCUUCACAGCGGCUCAGUGCGCUCCCGGCCCGGCGAGGUGAGCCUGCUGCAGAGCACGCCGGCCCCGCCCGCCGUCUCCGCCCCCCGGCGCCGGCUCUGCGCGCCCUGUCUGCGCCUCUGCCGCUCGCAUCGGUUUGCGGACGUCCAGGUGGAGUCGCUCUACCAGCGUUACUUCCUACGCAUGAACCAGUCGUCGUUCUCGUCGCUGCUGGCCAUCCUGAUCUUGGUGCUGGUCUCACUCGGGCUGCUGGAGUACAUUCUGAGCGCAGAGCGCGGCGCGGCGCGUACUCUGGCGCCCGUGCUGGCCGCACUGCUGCUGCUGUAUGCGGGCCUGGCGCUGACACUCGCGCGCGCCCGCCAGCUGCGCACCCUACUCCUGCUGGUGUUCAGCUGCACGGUGGCCGUCUCAUUCGUGGCGCUGGUAGCCGCCGUGGUGCUGACAGCUCCCGCAGACUCGGCCACUGCCGGCGUGUGGCUCACGCUGUUCUGUGUCUACAUGGUGUACGCCCUGCUGCCGUUGAGGCUACGAGAGGCGCUCGUGGCCGGCCUGACGCUGUCGGCGCUUCACUUGGGACUGGCCGGCUACCUGGGCCGCAACCAGGCCAGCUUCGCGCAGCUGAUCGCCUGCAACAGCCUGCUGUUUCUGUGUGUGAACCUGGCCGGCAUCUUUACUCAUUAUCCGAGCGAGCUGGCCAAGCGGAAGGCCUUCCUGGAGACGCGCCAGUGUAUUGAGGCUCGAUUGGUGACACAGAGGGAGAAUCAACAGCAGGAGCGUCUUCUCUUGUCCGUGCUGCCUCGGCACGUUGCCAUGGAGAUGAAAUCCGAUAUCGCCGGGCAGCAGCGAGACACUAUGUUUCACAAAAUAUACAUCCAGCGCCACGACAACGUCAGUAUAAUAUUUGCCGACAUCUGCGGCUUCACGGCGCUGUCUGAUCAGUGCACAGCAGAGGAGUUGGUCAGACUUCUGAACGAACUGUUCGCCAGGUUCGACCGGCUGGCGGCUGAGCACAACUGUCUGAGGAUAAAGCUGCUCGGUGAUUGCUACUACUGUGUGUCCGGCCUGCCCGAGCCGCGUCCCGAUCACGCGCACUGCUGCGUGGAAAUGGGACUCGACAUGAUCGAAGCCAUUGCGCUCGUUCGUGAGGUGACGGGUGUGAAUGUGGAUAUGCGGGUCGGAAUCCACACGGGCCGCGUCCACUGCGGCGUCCUGGGACUCAGGAAGUGGCAGUUUGACGUCUGGUCCAACGACGUGACUCUGGCCAACUACAUGGAGUCCAGCGGCAUACCGGGACGAAUCCACAUUACCAAAGAGACGCUGGACUGUCUGAACGGGGCUUACAGCGUGGAGCCGGGCAACGGACGGCAGCGGGAUGCCUACCUGCGUCAGCACAGUGUCGAAACGUUCCUCAUCAUCGCCGACGAGGCCAACCGAUACCAAACGUCCAAAGAGAGGAAGUCGGGGGCAAACGGCACAGUGUCCAAGGAGCUUAGAACCAUGGGCUACGCCGCAGGUCACAUGCACCAAAACCGCCUUCUGCCGGGCUCGGAGAAAAAGACGACGGCUGAAGAAGUGGACGACUACCUGGCCAGAGCCAUAGACGCCCGCAGCAUCGACAGGCUGCGAAACCAGCACUGUCGGAGACUGCUGCUCACCUUCAACUCACCACACAUCGAGCAGAAGUAUUCGAUAAAACGCGACAAGCUUUUGCCCGUCUACUUUGUAAGCGCAUUUAUCAUCUUCGGAUUCAUCGUAGCUGUUCAACUCAUCGCCGUGCCACAGAAUUUCUUCACUCUCGCGUCAUUUUUCGUGGGCGGUUUUCUCAUCAUCAGCGCUGCCUACCUGGUCGUAGCAGAAAACUGGAAGUGCUGCCCGUCGCUGCUGCGCCGUCUCUCGGGCCAGCUGGUGAACCGGCGGGUGCUCACCCAGGGCCUGUCCGUGCUCGUCGUCUUCACCGUCUAUCUUUGUGCAAUACUGCCCGUGUGUGUCUUCGACUCAAGUUCAUUGAAGUUCUGUUCCAACGUAACCACCAAGUACAACCCCAUGCUCAACCUGUCGGCGGUGAUCGCGGACGACCUCGGUCGGACCAGUGACGCCACGGCACGGUCCAAUGACGUCAUAAGCUCUACCAGCCAAAGCGUCGUCCCGACCGACUGCCUGCCGGCAUCCAAGAUUUAUUUCCCCGAGUUCGUCACGUUCAGCGUCAUCCUGGCCAUGAUCUCGUGCGCAGUGUUCCAGCAGGUGACCUCGCUGCUGAAGAUGUGCACCCUGCUGGUGAUCUGCGCCUCCUACCUGGCCGUGGUGCUGCUGUACCGGCCGGCGCUGUACAGCGCUACACUGACCGGCUUGGGCGACGGUGACGCAGUGACAUCAGCCCGCUACGUCACCAUCAUCAUCAUGGGCACGUUUCUGUCGUCACUGGUGGUACACGGCCGGCAGACGGAGGCCACGUCGCGGCUCGACUUCCUCUGGAAACUGCAGGCCACCGAGGAAAAGGAAGAGAUGGAGCACCUGCAGGCCUACAACCGGAAACUGCUGGCCAACAUCCUACCGGUGCACGUGGCAGACUACUUCAUGUCCGGCGAAAAGGGAGACGAGCUAUACCACCAGCAGUGCGACUCGGUCUGCAUCAUGUUCGCCUCCAUCCCCAACUUCUCCGAGUUCUAUGUCGAGCUCGAGGGCAACAACGAGGGUGUCGAGUGUCUGCGCCUGCUGAACGAAAUAAUCGCCGACUUCGACGAACUGCUCGGAGAGGAGCGCUUCAGAUACGUGGAGAAAAUCAAAUCGACAGGAUCCACCUACAUGGCGGCGUCGGGUUUGACCGAGGCCACGUGCGACCUGAAGAACUUCCGUCACGUCACAGCCAUGGCCGACUACGCCCUGAGGUUACGGGAGCAACUCGCCUACGUCAACGAACAUUCCUUCAACAAUUUUAAAAUUCGCGUUGGUUUAAACAUCGGUCCCGUGGUGGCCGGUGUCAUCGGCAGCAGGAAACCCCAGUACGACAUCUGGGGGAACGCAGUCAACGUGGCCAGUCGGAUGGACUCGACUGGCGUGCUCGACAAAAUUCAGGUAACGGAAGAGGUGUAUCACAUCUUACACGAGCGGGACUACCCGCUCACCUGCCGCGGACCCGUCAAGGUCAAGGGCAAGGGUGAAAUGGUGACCUACUUCCUCAACGACCGGUCCACCGAGCUGCUAGAGGUGGUGGCCGAAAAUGUCACAGAGGACCUCUCGUGAUGACCCGACCGCCGCCGGUGGCCGGCGCUCGAACUGACCAGUGGACAGUCGAGGUGAUCGGGCUCGGAGGGUCACCUGCUGUAGGUGCCAGAUGGUACGGGUCAGACAGGGGCCUGUCGUACAGUGUCGACGGAGCUUGCCAUGGAACGGUAUUUGGACGCCGAAAGAAAAUAAAAAGGUGCCGUGAGCUGUGACUGACCGGACCUGUGGGGCUCUGAGGUCAACUGUGACCUGACCUGACCUGACCUGUGCAGCUCGAGUUCACCUGUGACUGACGUGUCCGCGGUAAGCUGUGCCCUGAUCUGUGCGGUUCAAGGUCACCUGUGACGCUCUCGAGGACUGUUGUCGCGGGUCGGCGAGUGUGCUGCCGUGGUCACUUCUUAUGGUCCCUUUAUGAGGACAUUUGAGAUGAACUAUGACACAAAUCCCUUCAGGGCGGGCAGAGCUGUGCCCUGCUUUUGUCUCCGCUCGGUCCCACGCGCGGUGCGGUUUCAUGAUUCCUCUCGCUGCUUACGUACGAAUGUAUUUAACAGAUGUUUGAAGAUUUGCUCGCUGAGCCGCUAUGGUAUUGGUCUGUUUAUGGGUUUCGCCCGGGCCCAACCGUCAGCUUUGAGUGAUGUUCAUGUGCUAUUCGUUUCGUCGUGUCCGUUGCCACUUGUCAGUAUUAUGAGAGUUCCGAGUUGACGGUGACGUUUUAGCUCAGAGAUCCGAGAGGUUAGGACGUCAAAUAAGCCAGGGCCAUCGGACCUGUCCUCGGCUAGUCCGGCUAGUUUUGUUAUGCUGAAUCUAUGAUGUCACGCCUAAUUUGGGGCAAAGUAGAAACGUUGAUUUAAAACACGUUAAAUACUGUUUUGACAUUAUGGAUUUAUUUUUAUGGCAGACAUUAUAUUUACCUGAAAAAUGUGUUCGAUAAUACUGUUCUGGUUUUGUGUAGCCUCGUCAACUCAGCCUGACGGCUGCAGCCGAAUAUAGACAAGUACGUGUGAUAUUGACGAGCCAAAGCAGUCUGGGCGGCGGGCCGACUAUUUUGCCACUGAGGCGCCGCGUUGAUUGCCGCUGUCCGGUUGGCGUCGGGUGGUCCUGUGCCGGGUAUGUGCGAACUGUGCUGAGUCCAUGUGUGCUACACUGUGUGAGCGUACUGUCCGGGAAGCGUGUGUGGAGUGUGUGAGUCCUGUGCGUGUGAUCUGUGCCGAGAGUGCACUGUGCUGGGUUCUGUGCUGGACGAGUAUUAUCUGAACUGGGAGGACUGAGUGAGAGACCACAACCCCGCCAAUAAACGCCCCCUGUGGCCCGUUACA